AUGGCCGUCCCAUCGGCCUCGCGCCCGGUCGCCAUGCAUGGGGUCGCACCUCCGCCGGGUGCGCCAAUGACCGCCGCGCAAUAUCAAGCUGCUCGCGCGCAAGCUGCCCAGUUCCAGCAGCAGCAGGCAGCACAAGCCCAGCAAGGCGCGCGCAUGAUGCCGCGGCCAGCCGCGACGCCGUUUGGACCGACAGGCGAGGAACUUCGUCCCGGACCGCGGAACAGGCUGUUCCUCGCGCUUCGCUCCGGCGUUGACAACGAGGUUGACUGGGCCCUUCCCCGCCUCGUCCUCGGCUCCUACGACCGCGACAUGCAGCUUGACCAGUACCUCGACUCUGACACCAUCCUCUGCGAGUGGCCGCAGCUCUGGGUCGACGAGCUCGAGCGUGAGGCUGCAUACCGCACCGCACUUCGGGAUCCGGACCAGUACCGCGAAGCCCUUGGCGCCGUCCCCGACUUCACGCGGCAACCUGUCACGGAGGCGCGCGCGACGUACUCGCUCCAGGUUCUCCGCAAUCUGAGUCUGGUGCAGGGUAACAACGCCCGCCGUCUCUCGCGCGGCCCAUUCCUCGACGUCGUGACGCGCAUCUUCAGCUUGCCGAUGGAUUUCCUUCUCGAGGUCGCGCAACGUACACCCGAGCCCAUCCUUCAUAUUCUCGUCAUCCUCCAGCGCAGCUUCGAGUUCCUCGCUUCGACUCCCGAAACGCAGAACAUCCUGAACGAAGUCCUCCCGACGCUUGUGAUGCACUCGCGCGACAUUGCUGUCCUCUCAUCCGUUCUCCCGAUUCUCGUUAAGGUCUACAGCAACGCUUACUCUGGCCCGCCACCCGAUGGCUUCAUCCAGCACAUGCUUUACCUCUUGACGUUGACGGGAUCGACCGAGCUACUCGAGCUUGUUCUCGACCUCCUUGCCGCGAUGGUUCCGAUGCCUCAGCACGCCCGUGCCAUCCUCGCUGAGCCUUCCUUCCCCGCCCACCUGCGGACACUCGUCGGGUUGCUCGAGUACGGCAGCCAGCAGCAGAAGAUCAACUUCCAGCCCCCUCCGGCGCUCCGCGGCCGCGACGUCAUCAACCCCGCGUGCGAUAUCCAGCUCGCACGGCAAGCGUGCUUACUCCGUCGCGCUGAGCGGGAAGCGGACGAGUCGCGAAUGGAGAUGUUUGGCGGACCAGGUGUGUUCCGCGAGGUCGGCGAUGAGGCGCCUCAACUUGCGCCCUCCAUCACCAACGAGCUGUACCACAUGUCCGAGACGAAGCGAUCAGUUGCCUGCUCGCAGGCGCAGUUGCUGCAGGUGACGUUCUGGCAUGCGUACCGCAACUUCUUCUCGAACCCGAAGACAGUCGAGCCCCUGCUCAGCGCGUCGGAGGUCAUUAAGAACGUUCAGAUCGCGUUCCCUGCCGCGCAGGCCAAGCUGUGGACGGACGAGCGGGGCGAGAAGCGUUUCGUCAUUGCCGGUCUUGGCUUCAGGAAAGGAUCAUAUGAGACGGAAAGGUUUACGUGCAUCUGGCGCGAGUGUGACCGGCCAGUUGGUGCGACGAAUCCGGCUGAGCUGCUGGAGCAUGUGCGGGAGAAGCACCUGUCGUCGAACCCGUCGGCGUGCGCGUGGGGCUCGUGCAAGCAGAGCCCCUUCACUUUGUCGCAUCUUCUGACGCAUCUUCCGCUUGAGAAGCCGAUCAAGGUGCCAAAGACGGUCGCUGUCAGCUCACAGACGCCGGGCAACGUGCUGUGGACGCCGAACGUGACUGGGCGCCGCGUGCCUCCGCUACCUCAGUCUGAGGCGUGCCGGUACAUCGGCCAGCUGACGCCGACGGACGCGCAACGCAACCCAAUGGGCGCCGCCUUCCUCGCUGCUCUCAUUCUCCGCGGCCUGGCCCGCAACCUGCGUGCUGAGCUCGCCAUCUCGAACCCAGACGACCCCGAGCUGUCCGCCGAGCAGCGCAAGGAGAAGAAGCGUCAUCUGGCCGAGGACCGGUUCGGUCUCCCGAUUCCGCAGAGUGUGCUACAGGAAGAGGAGGAGGAGGAGAAGGACACAGAGGACUUGCUGGAGACGAUGAACGAGCGCGAGCUCGACCGUGCUCGUAAUGCCUUCAGGGAUGCGGAGGACAAGAUUCUCGAGGUCGCCAGCAACAAUGUGUCAGGGCUCGCGCUCUACCUCGGCGAGUCUUUCGGCUGGUAG